AUGGUGACACUGGGCUGUGGUGACACUCACCCUCCUCCUCCAGGAGCUUCUGCAGCUCCAGUGAGUGCUGUCACUGUGCCAGGCACCAGUGUGGACCAGUAUAGAACACUACAGGAUACUCUGCAACACUAUAGACCAGUAUGCCACAGUAUAGACCAGUAUGCCCCAGUGGAGACUGCUUUGGUCUGCUAUGCACCACCAGAGAUUGGCGGUCCCACCAUGUCAGGGACACAGCAUGAGCCGCAAGUUGCUUCCAACGUAGAGCCACGGGUGCAGGGUAUCACCAGGGUAUGGAUGCAGGGAGAAAGUGAAGAUGAGGCCUCUGUCCUUGGUGUCAGUGAAGGCCACCUGCCCACCAGCACAGUCCAGGGACCCCUGAAUGGUCCUGAGGAGCUGGUGGAGGUGCAGGGAGGUCCAGUCAAGCACAACACCUCGGCUGGAGACCGAGGAGUUCCAGCUUCUGCCCCGGAAGCAUCUCAGGAGGGUCGGCUAGCUCCAUUCAGGGUGAUUGCACCAGCACACUCUGUGGUGGCCACCUUGGGACAGGAUGUGGUGCUGCCCUGCCACCUCAUGCCGGAGCAGAGUGCCCGGGCCAUGGAGGUGACCUGGUUUCGGGGACACUUCUCACCCUACGUGCACCGAUACAAGGCAGGAAUGGACCAGCAUGGUGAUCAGAUGCCACAGUACCAAGGGCGGACUGAGCUGCUGCAGGAUGGCCUUGACAAGGGCAGCGUGGCCCUGAAGAUCUUCAGUGUCCGCCUGUCUGACGAAGGGAGAUACACCUGCUUCAUUCGUGCUGAUUCAGACUAUGAGGAAGCCGUCCUGGAUCUGAAGGUGACAGAUCCCUUUUUCCAAAACGCCCAGCCAUGGAAGAUUGCCCUGAGCCUGGUCGUGGUCACUCUGAUCGUGCUCUUUAUUAUCACCCUUUAUCUAUUUAAAACUAAAGCGACGCAGCUGGAGGAACUGCUAUGGAGAAGAUACGCGAUGCCUAUAGAAGAAGUGGAGGUAACUCUGGAUCCAGACACGGCCCGUUGCAACCUUGUCCUGUCUGAUGACUGCAAAAGUGUGAAACGAGUCGGCAAGCCACAGGAUGUCCCUGACAACCCUGAGAGGUUUAAGUUCUCAUCCUGUGUGCUGGGCUGUGAAGGCUUCACUUCAGGGAGAUACUACUGGGAGGUGGAGGUGGAGAAUGGAGGAGGAUGGACAGUGGGAGUUUCCAGCGAAAAUGUGAAAAGGAAGGAGAAUAUUAUGUUUAAACCAGAAGAGGGCAUCUGGGCAGUGGGGCAGUGGGCAGGUCAAUUCCAAGCUUUCACCUUCCCUGAACAUACUGUAUUUUUCGAGAUCCAAGAGCUCAAACGGAUCCGGGUAUCCGUGGAUUACGAAGAGGGACGGGUGGCAUUUUUCAAUGUUGAUGAGGAGACUCCAAUCUUCACAUUUCCACUGGUGUCAUUCAACGGGAUAAGAAUCCACCCGUGGUUCUGGCUGGGUCCUGGGACACAGCUCAAAAUGUGGCCCUGA